UCGCAACUCGCAAGACUCGCAGCGACUCGGGCCCGCCGCCGUGACGCCGUCUCUUCUUCUCUCCUCGCCGCCGGUGAGGCGGUGACUCGCCGUCCCUUCUUCUCUCCUCGCAAGACUCGCAGCAAGGCCAGCAACUCGGAUCAAUAUGGAUUCAUCUCAAUCUCAACAACAAAGUACUAAUAUUGGUAGUAGCACGGGUAGUGGGUCAAUUGGUGCGGAAUCAUUGUCUAGUGAGGGUUCUCCUCCAUUGUGGAGGUUUGUAACAAGAAUUGAAAAACAAGGGGCGGUUGGUGGAACAUGGAAAUAUCGAUGUAAUUUUUGUAAUGAAAACCGAACAUCUAGUUAUUCAAGAGUUAGGGCCCAUUUGCUUCAAAUUAAGGGUCAAGGCAUUGCAUGUUGUAAGAAAGUGUCUCGUGCUGAUAAACUUGAAAUGCAAAAACUUGAUGAUGAAUUUGAGAAUAAGAAACUUGAUUCGGGCCCUAGAGAAGUUCCUUUGCCUAGUGAAUCUCUUUCUCAUUUGGACUCCGAUGCUAUGUUCAAGAAAAGGAAGUCUGAAAAAUCACCAAUUACUAGAUGUUUUGGUAUUGAAACUAGGGAUCAAUUGGAUCAAGAGAUUGCAAGAAUGUUUUACACAGGAGGGUUGCCAUUUAAUCUUGCUAGGAAUCCACACUAUAUGAGGUCCUAUACUUUUGCUGCCACUCAUAAUAUAGCAGGUUACAAACCUCCUGGUUACAAUAAGCUUAGAACUACAUUACUUGUGCAAGAAAAAGCUAAUGUAGAGAGGCUAAUGAUUCCGCUAAAGUCAACUUGGAGAGAAAAAGGGGUGACAAUUGUGACUGAUGGAUGGAGUGAUCCAACAAGAAAACCUCUCAUUAAUUUCAUGGCUACUUCUGGUAAUGGUCCAAUAUUUCUUAAAGCUGUGAAUUGUUUUGGUGAAAUAAAAGAUAAAUUUUUCAUUGCUAAUCUCAUGAAAGAGGUUAUUCAAGAAGUGGGUCAUCAAAAUGUAGUGCAAGUCAUAACUGAUAAUGCAGCAAAUUGCAAAGGGGCUGGGGAGCUAAUUGAGAGUGAGUUUCCUCACAUUUAUUGGACACCAUGUGUUGUGCAUACCCUUAAUCUUGCUUUGAAGAAUAUUUGUGCGGCAAGGAAUGUGAGUAACAAUUCUGAAACUUAUGAAGAAUGUAGUUGGAUCACUGAUAUCCAUGGGGAUGCAAUGGUAAUUAAAAAUUUCAUCAUGAACCACAACAUGAGAUUGGCUAUCUUCCAAAAGUUUUCUCCUCUUAAGUUGCUUUCCGUGGCCGAUACUCGCUUUGCCUCCAUUAUUGUGAUGCUUAAGAGAUUUAAGCUUAUUAAACGAGGUCUUCAAGCCAUGGUUAUAAGUGAUGAGUGGACUUCUUAUAGAGAAGAAGACAUGGGGAAGGCAAACUUUGUGAAAGACAAGAUUGUGAAUGAUGAUUGGUGGGACAAACUAGCUUACAUUGUUGAUUUCACAAAGCCUAUCUAUGACAUGAUUAGGCUUUGUGACACCGAUAAACCAUGCCUUCACUUAGUGUAUGAGAUGUGGGAUUCUAUGAUUGAACAAGUGAAGCUUGAGAUUUACAAGAAAGAAGGUCGUCCUAAUUCGGAGUUUAGUCCCUUUUAUCAUGUGGUUUAUGAAAUCUUGGUAGCUCGUUGGGCAAAAAGCAACACUCCUCUCCAUUGUCUAGCUCACUCCUUGAACCCGAGGUUCUAUAGUGAUGAAUGGCUACUUGGUGAUCAAUCUAGAAUUGCUCCUCAUAGAGAUGGUGAAAUAUCUCGAGAGAGAAUGAAGUGCUUUCGUAGAUUAUUUGCACUUAAUGAUGAUGUUGGUAAAGUGAUGGAAGAAUAUGCUCAAUUCUCUAUGAAGAGUGGACCUUUUGAGGAUUUAACUUGUAUCUCAAGGAUGCAUUCUAUGGAUCCUAAGAGUUGGUGGGCAAACUUUGGAGCUCAAACUCCUCUCCUCCAAUCUUUGGCAUUUAAAGUGCUUGGGCAACCUACUUCAUCAUCUUGUAGUGAACGAAAUUGGAGUACAUAUGCCUUCAUUCACUCACUUAGGAGGAACAAGCUAAAUCCAAGUCGUGCCCAAGAUUUGGUUUACAUUCACAACAAUCUUCGCCUUUUAUCAAGGAAUUCCGAAGAAUAUGCGGAGCUUUAUACAAAGAUGUGGGAUGUUGGUGGAGAUGCAUUUGAUUCCUUGGAGGAUGUUGGGUUUCUAGAGUUUGCGGAACUCUCACUAGAUGAGCCGGAUUUAGAAAAUGUGUUGCUCGUUGAAGAUUGAUGUGCCUUGUCUAAGUUUUAUCUACUAUAAGACAUUAAAUUUAGUUUUUGUGUUUUUGUUAUUUUGAACUUUGAACUAUUUUUUUUGUUUUUGGUAUUUUGAACUAUUUAUGUAUGGAUGUUUAAUUUAGCUAAAUUCUUGUUUUUUUUUUUUUUUUUUUUUGCCGAAUCCAUGCCGUACCCGUUUUUUGCAUUUUUGAUUUUGCCGUUUUCCGUCCCCGUACCCGUCCCCGUAUCCGUCCCCGUACCCGUAUCGGUGCAACCUAGGUGAAGGUGACCUUAAGAAAUUAUAUCAACAACUUGGAAUUCUAAGUCAAACAAGUUGCGGUCAUACUCCUCAACAGAAUGGAGUAGUUGAGAGAAAGCACAAACACUUGUUAGAAACUGCAAGAGCUUUAUACAUUCAAUCAAAGGUACCUGAUAGGUUUUGGGGAGAUUAUGUUCUAUGUGCUGCUUAUUUGAUCAACAGGGUGCCCUUGAAAGCCAUAGACCUUGAACUCCUUAUUACAGGAUGCAUGGAAAGUUACCUAACCUUUCUCACUUGAGAACCUUUGGUUGCCUAUGCUAUGCUUCCACUUCUAAAGUUGAAAGAACAAAGAUGGAUUACAGGCUACACCAUGUGUUUUUCUUGGAUACUCUACUUCACAGAAAGGUUACAAAGUGCUUGAGGUUGAUACCAAUAGACUGUUUGUCACUAGAGAUGUUAAAUUCCAUGAAAAACAUUUUCCAUUCCAUCUUUACCACAAACACAAGACACCAACCUCAAACUAUACUAAUGCCAUCUAUCUCCCUGCAGUUUCUUCCCCCCAGAUUUUUGACAUACCAGAUUUCACUACACCAGAAUCCACUUUUCCAUCUAAUGACACAUCUCCAUCUUCUCCCAUUCCUAAUCCUCUUAUUUCUUCAUCACCCAUGUCUUCAAUUGAUUCUACUUCUUCUUCCCUCUAUCCUCAUUCCCCUUCUGAACCAUUCAUAAUAGUGAUUCAGGUCAUGACACACCUGAUCACACACCUGACCCAAUUCCACUUAGACAAUCUACUAGACCUCAUAAAACACCAUCCUAUUUGAAAGAUUACAAGUUUUACACAGCCAAUGGAACUGAGCAUACACAGAACUGUUUUGGUUUCAUAUGAAGUUUUUCCCUCUGAGUUUCAAGCUUUUCUUUCUCUAUCCUGUGACAUAGUUGAACCUCUAAGCUAUUCUGAAGCUGCUACAUAACAGCUAUGGGUUGAAGCUAUGAAAAAGGAAUUGCAAGCUUUAGAUGAUAACUUCACAUGGGAAGUAGUGGAGUUGCCUAAAGGGAAGAAGCCAAUAGGAUGCAAAUGGGUAUUCAAGGUUAAAUUAAAGUCCACCGGUGAACUAGAAAGAUGUAAAGCAAGGUUGGUAGCAAAAGGGUUCAAUCAGAAAUAUGGUAUUGACUAUGAAGAGACCUUUAGUCCAGUUGUCAAAAUGAGUACGAUGCUUGAUUGCAGUUGUAGCAAGCAACUCUUGUUUCAACUGGAUGUGAACAAUGCAUUUCUACAUGGAGUUCUGAAGGAAGAAGUGUAUAUGACAGUACCAGAAGGUGUCCCCAAUCCCACCAACAAAGUCUGCAAAUUGGUUAAGUCUAUCUAAACAAGCAUCUAGGCAGUGGCAUGAAAAGUUAAUGACUGCACUCCAGAGUCAAGGGUUCAUUCAAUCUAAGUAUGAUUACAGUCUAUUUAUUCAUAAACAAGAUACAGACAUCAACAUUGCAGCAGUGUAUGUUGAUGAUGUGAUUCUCACUGGUACAGAUCCUAACAGACUUGAGGCUUUAAAGGUGUUUUUGCACAAAGAGUUCAGUAUAAAAGACUUGGGACACCUUAAUUACUUCCUUGGUAUUGAAGUAGGAUACACAGAAGAAGGGAUUAUACUCAGUCAGAAGAAGUCAGAAGAAGUUAACCAGUGAACUCAUACUCAUACUGUGACUUUCAUGUUUCUAAGAAGGUUAUUACUCCUCUACCUCUGAAUAUAAAGUUGACCAGUUCUGAUGGUGCACUCUACCAUGACAUAGAGAGAUACAGGUCCCUAGUGGUAAAGCUUAAUUUUUUAACUCAUACCAGACCUGACCUGUCAUACACAGUGCAAACACUCAGUCAGUUUCUUCAUUCACCUAGACUACCUCAUGUUGAAGUACUACAUCACACAUUGAAAUAUUUGGCUCACACAGAAGGGCAAGGUAUUCUACUAAAGGCUGCAAACAACAUUAGCUUACAAGCUUUCUCAGAUUUAGAUUGGGCUUCAUGAGAUUCCAUAACAGAUAUGUUUUAUUACUUGGUGGUUCACCCAUCUCUUGGAAAUCUAAAAAGCAGAAUACAGUUUCGAAGCUGAAUAUAGAGCAAUGGCUGCAGCAGCUGCGGAGGUGACUUGGAUUGUCAACCUUUUGUCAGACUUUGGAAAUCACAGUGUAGUGUAAUAGGUUUCAGACCAGUUAUUCCCAAGUCUGUCAAAAGGUUGACAAUGGGUAACAAUUAACCCCAUGAUGAGAGUAACUAUUCCCCCCUUCCUAUUAUUUUCUUCUUACCAACACUGUACCACCCCUUCAUCCCCUUCUCAUCACCUCCAAUCACCUUAUUUCUUUUCUUAGUUUAACUUUUGUUACCCCUUAAUGCGUUACCCACAAUCCAAGCAUGCCCUAAAGAUAAUUAAUGUUUAUAGGAAUGCUGAAUGAAAGUCAAUGAUAGUCCAAAAUAAUUAUGUACAUUAUUUGAUAGGACUUACAUUUGUGUCGAUAUCCUAUUUUUGGAGAAAAUAAUUCUGAUACAGUAGUCAUU